AGCGGGUGAUGGUGGUUCGGGUCUAUGUGGCUGUGUCACGCGCGAACGGGCUUAAAUGCCUCAGGUGGCCUGCGAGCGACACGCGUGACGGCGCUUUGUGUGCGUCGUCGUAACGCGGGAUGAAAAGAAUGUGGACGCUUUGGCUUUGCUUUGUGUGGCUCGCUGACUAUCCCGGGAAUUCGGCACUUAUCUGAUCUCGCGCUGAUGGUUGCGAUGCUGCUGAUGCGACCUCUUAGAUGCUGCAGACUUUCACGAGCUCUCUACGUCUGGGCUAUUUCCCUCUGGUAUUCAAGCUCGACAUCAUGCGCCUACACAAACAGAGUUUACGGUGCAAUCUCCCCAAUCUGUGUUUCAGAGAGAUGGUUCAAACAAUAUUGCCUUAGGAUACAAUACAAUGACUACCAUGAAUCAUUGCAUACCUCUGGAGGUGAAGGGGCAGCGACCUGAA